AUGGCUACCCCUAGUGUCCUGGCUUUUGACGCUGAGGGUCGCGCCAUUGACUUUGAGGUCUGGGUAGACGACCUGCAGUUGUUUUUACAGUGCGAUAGGGCAGACGGCCUCUCUCUCUUUGACCUUACCUCUGGCGCCUCUCCUGCUCCUGCUGCUGAUGCUGAUCCCACUGUGCGCUCUCAGUGGGCCACCCGCGAUGCUGCUGCACGUCUUGCUGUGCGUCGCCACCUCCCUACCUCUGAGCGCGCGCACUUUAGUCAGUACAAGAGUGCUCAGACCUUGUACGACGCUGUAGUUGCGCGCUACUCCUCCCCUUCCACUGCUGCACUGAGCCGUCUCAUGCUUCCCUACCUCUUUCCUGACCUCUCUGCCUUUCCCACUGUCGCUGACCUCAUUACGCACCUCCGCACUAGUGACACUCGCUACCGCGCCGCCCUUCCUGCUGAGGACCACUUUCUCGCAGUCUCUCCCACCACCCUCACCGUCGACGUCCUCGAGAAGGCCCUCCUCGCAGCGGAGAAGAGCAUAGUCGCUGUAGGAGCUUCUCGUGGAGACCCUCGCACCCCCAUCUUUGAGGGGUGCUCUCCUUCCCCCUUGUUGCCCUCUGUUGCCUCUGCUGCUGCUGCCGACCUGCUUGGUCUUGAGUCGGUCGGCGCGGCGUCUGCCCCUAGUGGGAGACGUCGCUCUGGCAAGGGCAAGGGGGGCAAGGGCGCGGGUGGAGCUGGAGGGGGCGGUGGCGGUGGCGGCGGAGGCGGCGGAGGGAGUGGGGGUGGCGGCGGGAGUAGUGGCGGGGGUGGUGGUGGCGGUGGCAGCAGCGGCGGAGGCGGCGGUGGUGGUGGCAGCGGUGUUGGUGGUGGCAGCGGCGGAGGUGGAGGCGGCGGAGGAGGCAGCAGAGGAGGCGGUGGUGGUGGAGGAGGUGGAGCUGGUCGGGGUGGUACCCAGCAGCGGAGCGGCGGUGGUGGUGGCCAGCGCUCGCAGCAGCAGCAGCAGCAACAGCGUUCGCGGGACAUCCCUCCGCCUCAGCAGCUUCGUGAGUGGUACACUCAGCGUCAGAGGGGUGGGGGUACUGGUCCUUGCACCUACGUCCUUCGUUCCGGCGACCGCGCGGCGAUCUUUGAUCUUGAUUUUGAUGCUAUCCUUGCUGCUAUGUAUGCUGUGACUAUUAGUGAGGAGACUGAGGGUUACCGGUGUUUCCAGCCCGACCCGGGCAUUGGUACUGCUGCGCUAGGUGCUUGUGAGGCUGCUGCUCUAGGUGCCAGUGCGUCUGCGCUCUCAGGUACUGGUGAGACUGCGCCCUCAGGUACUGCGUCGCCCUCGUCCUCCCUCACUUUCACACUUGACUCUGGGGCUUCUCGCUCCUUCUUUCGAGACCGCACCACCCUUACGCCGCUUGGCCGGCCGGUUGCCGUCUCCCUGGCUGACCCCUCUGGGGGUCCUGUCCUCUCUCACUUCUCCACUGUCCUCCCGUGUCCGGCUGCCCCUUCGGGCACCCUGUCUGGUCUGUACCUUCCCUCGUUCUCUACGAACUUGGUGAGUGGCGCGGACCUGCAGGAUGUGGGGGUUCACCAGUUCACUCCUGCGAGUCAGCGGGUGACCCACUGCACGGAGGCACGCACAGGCCGACACCUGGCCACGUUCUCGCGUCGGCCGGGGUCGAGUCUCUACACCCUGACCGUUGAGUCUCCUCCUGUCCCUGCGUCUGGUCAGGUGGCUGCGUCAGGUCAGGUGCUUGCUGCUGCGUCCCGGUCAGGACCUUCCUGUGUCCCCUGUGUCGAGGGUCGCCUCCGGGCUGCUCCUCACUCCUCCCAGUUCCCCCCGACCGAGGCUCCUCUGCAGACGCUUCACAUGGACGUGUGGGGCCCAGCCCCCGUCCGUGGGCAGGGUCACGAGCGCUACUUUCUGUUGGUGGUUGACGACUACUCGCGUUACACCACAGUCCUCCCCUUGCGCAGCAAGGGUGCUGUCACUGAGGUGCUGAUCGACUGGAUCCGCGAGGCUCGUCUCCAGCUCAGGAAGAGCUUCAGCUCGGACUUUCUUGUUCUGCGUCUGCACUCGGACAGAGGCGGAGAGUUCUCCUCGCGCCUUCUGCGAGACUACUGUCGUGCACGGGGGAUCCGCCAGACCUUUACGCUUCCGGACUCUCCACAGCAAAAUGGGAUUGCUGAGCGCCGCAUUGGCAUGGUCAUGGAUGUCGCUCGUACGUCCAUGAUGCAUGCGGCUGCCCCCCAUUUUCUGUGGCCGUUUGCGGUGAGGUACGCGGCGCAUCAGCUCAACCUUCACUCCAGGGUCUCUCGGCCCGCGAUGUCCCCAGUCUUGCUGUGGACGGGGAAGGUUGGCGAUGCGUCGACGUUCCGUGUCUGGGGAUCUCGGGCGUUUGUCCGCGACUUGUCUGCGGACAAGCUGUCCCCUCGUGCUGCUCCCUGUGUCUUCCUUGGCUUCCCCACUGACGCUCCAGGGUGGCAGUUUUACCACCCCUCCUCUCGUCGUGUUCUGUCCUCCCAGGACGUCACGUUCGACGAGUCAGUCCCCUUCUACCGCCUCUUCCCCUACCGCACUCCUUCCUUUCCCCCUCCGCCGGACUUCCUUGUGCCGGUUCCCCCCCCGGUAGACCCACUCCCCCCUCAGGUUCCUGCCCCCUCAGGUGUGUCCCAGGUAGACGCAGUUGACCCGGUCGAGGUUACUGGUGACUCUGGUGCUGCUGCGGGUGCUGAGCCUGUGGGUGCUGACUCUGGGGGUGCUGUGCGCGGGGGUGCCGGGCCUGGAGGUGCUGCUACUGGGGGUGCUGAGCCUGGGGGUGCUGGGCCUGGGGAUACUACUGCGGAGGGUGCUGCGUCGGGGGGUGCUGUGCCUGGAGCUGCUGAGCCUAGGGGUGCUGAGUCUGGAGCUGCUGAGCCUGGGGGUGCUGAGCCUGGGGUUUCUCCUGCUGCUGCGUCUCGACGGGAGCCCCUCUCUCCCCAGGAGCUGCGCGAGUGGUUUGCUCGCCGCUGGAGGCGUGCUGCUGGAGCUGGAGCUUCUUCGACCGUCGAGGGUGCUGGUGCUGCCGGUCUCGGAGCUGCUGGGCCUGCGGGUCCUCCUGGAGCUGGAGCUGCUGAGGGUGUUGGUGCAGAGACCACUGCUGUCUGUCCUCUCGGUGGUUCUGCUGCUGGUACUGCUGGAGGUCCUGCCGCUGGAGGUGUUGGUGGCGCUGGUACUGUCGCUGAGGGUGCUGGUGCUGUCCCUGCUGAGUCUGGAGCUGCCGCGCGGCCUCGACCGUACUUCGUUCCGCUCCUACAGCAGGUUCUUGGUCUUUCUCCUUCGGUAGAGUGUCCACAGCCUGUCCAGUCGCAGUCACUGUUGGAGCCUUCCUCUCCUCUGCCUGCUCCCUCUCCUUACACUGGUCCUACUGGAGGUCUUGCUGAGCGUCGUGAGCCUGCGUCUCGUCCCGCGUCGCCUGUUCGUGCUGCUCGCGCUAGUGGUCGCGGUUCGCGUCAGCGUCCUCCUCCUGUCCCUGGCACGCACCGGAUGUCUCUGCGUCCGUCCACUGCUCCUCUGCGUGCCCCUUUGCCUUCUCCUCCUGAGUCCUCUCUUCCUGCGCUUGCCGACCCUGAGUCGGACUCUCUUCGUGCUGCCAGUCCUACUGUCACGCGUCUGCUUGCUACUGUCGUCACUGACCCCUCUUUUGAGUCCACUGCUGCGUCUGCUCUAGUCGCUGAGCUCGUCGACUUUGCUGCUCGCUGUCGUCUAGACUGCGCUGCUAGUCUUGUUGCUGAGUCUGCGUCUGUCUGUCCUCCGUCCGUCGGGGGUGAGUGUGCUCUUGGCACGGACGUUCUAGAGGACAGGCAGGAGGAGUUACAGUGUCUGGCUGCUGCUUCACCUCAUCUCGCGUCUGUACUGCUUGCUCCUGAGGGAGACCCGGAUGCACUAGACAUCCCGACUCCGCGCUCUUACGCGGAGGCCGUAGAGGGUCCCUACUCCUCUCAGUGGCAGGCAGCUAUGGAUGCAGAGAUGGCUUCCUGGAAGUCCACAAGCACCUACGUUGACGCAGUUCCCCCUCCUGGGGCGAACAUCGUCAGUGGCAUGUGGAUCUUCCGGGUGAAGCGGCCGCCGGGCUCUCCACCUGUCUUCAAGGUGCGGUACGUUGCUCGUGGCUUCAGCCAGCGGCAGGGAGUUGACUACUUUCAGACCUUCUCUCCCACCCCGAAGAUGACCACUCUUCGGGUGCUGCUGCACAUAGCCGCUCAGCGCGACUACGAGCUUCACUCUCUCGACUUCAGCACUGCGUUCCUGCAGGGUAGCCUGCACGAGGAGAUCUGGCUGCGCCGUCCACCUGGCUUCACUGGGACUUUCCCUCCUGGCACCCAGUGGAGCCUUCGACGGCCAGUCUACGGUCUCCGCCAGGCACCGCGUGAGUGGCACGACACACUGAGGACUACGCUUGCGGCUCUUGGGUUUGCUCCUUCUACUGCUGACCCGUCGCUGUUUCUGCGCACCGACACUUCUCUGCCGCCGUUCUACAUCCUCGUGUACGUCGACGACUUGGUCUUUGCCACAGCGGACACUGCUGGACUCACCUACGUGAAGUCCGAGCUGCUGAAGAGACACACGUGCACAGACCUGGGUGAACUGCGCAGCUACCUUGGCUUGCAGAUCACUCGGAACAGAGCACGCCGCACCAUUACCUUGACUCAGUCACACAUGGUGCAGCAGGUCCUUCAGCGCUUCGGCUUCACGUACUCCUCGCCUCAGGCCACUCCUCUGUCUACUCGUCACUCGCUCUCAGCUCUGCCUUCGGAUGAGUCCGUGGAGUCGAGUGGCCCGUACCCAGAGCUUGUUGGCUGCCUCAUGUACCUGAUGACCUGCACACGACCUGACCUUGCAUACCCUCUGAGCAUUCUUGCACGCUAUGUUGCUCCUGGGAGAAACCGACCAGAGCACAUGGCUGCAGCGAAGAGGGUGUUGCGCUACCUGUGCAGUACGUCAGGCAUGGGGCUAGUGCUUGGAGGGCUGAGUCCAGUGGUCCUUACAGGCCACGCGGACGCUUCUUGGGCUGACGACCAGGCUACGCAGCGGUCGUCACAGGGUUACACCUUCAGUCUUGGUUCCGGCUCUGUCUCGUGGCGGUCUACUCGCUCGUCUUCGGUUCUCAGCUCCAGUUGUGAGGCUGAGAUCUACGCUCGGGCCAUGGCUGCACAAGAGCUUCGCUGGCUCACCUACCUGCUGACUGACCUUGGAGAGCCGCCUCGUUCUCCUCCAGUGCUGUACGUAGACAACAAGGCCAUGCUGGCCUUAUGUCGAGAGCAGCGCUUGGAGCACAGAACGAAGCACAUUGCUCUCCGCUACUUCCUUGCUUGUGAGCUGCAGCAGCGUGGUCAGUUGCGACUUGCGUACGUGGCCUCUGAGGCCAACACUGCUGAUGUGUUCACCAAGGCACUCGCGCCUUGUGACCAUCAGCGCUUCUGCAACCAGCUCGGUCUUGUGCCUGUCUUGCCUCACUUGCUCUCUUCUUGA